GUCUAACCGGAUGUUGUCCUGUGAUGCUAACAUGCUAACAUGCUAACCUGGAUAUUGUAGAUUAUAACUCGACUUUCUUCAUUCCGAUACUCGAGUCUUCAGUCGUUUUCACCAGGAGGUUUCUGAGUGUUUGACACAACCAUGGUGGAUCGGGAGGAACGGCGCUUCGCUGAGGUUUCCACGGAGUCUGUUAAACUGGUUGCGGAAAGUGCAGGUGUAGAACUUGGAGAUGACGUAGCUGGUCUGCUGGCCGAAGACGUCUGCUACCGACUCCGAGAGGCGGCACAGACCAGCUCUCAAUUUAUGCGACAUGCGAAAAGGAGGAAGCUGACAGUGGAGGACUUCAGCAGAGGUCUGCGCUGGAGCAAUGUGGAGGCCGUUUGUGGAUAUGGAAACCAGGACGCCCUGCCCUUCUGUCCGGUGAAAGAGGGAGAGGUUUUCUUCGUUGAGGACCGGGACAUUAACCUGAUCGAGCUGGCUCUGGCCACCAACAUUCCUAAAGGCUGUGCUGAGACCAUGGUCCAAGUAAACGUGGCGUAUCUGGAUGGUAAAGGGAACAUAGAGCCCCAGGGGACAGUUCCUGCUGCAGUCCAAUCUCUAUCAGAUGAGCUGCUAAAGUUCUACCAGCAGAUCACACGGGCCAUUCUAGGAGAGGACCCCCACCUUAUGAAGGUAGCUCUACUGGAGCUCCAGUCCAACUCCAAGAUCGCUGCACUGCUGCCAUACUUCGUUUAUGUAAUCAGUGGAGUGAAGUCUGUCAGCCAUGAUCUGGAGCAGCUCAACAGGCUCCUCCACAUGGUGAAGAGCUUGGUCCAGAACCCGUACCUGUACCUGGGCUCGUACGUGCGCAGCCUGGUGUCCAGCGUCAUGUACUGCAUCCUGGAGCCGCUGGCCGCCUCCAUCAACCCCCUCAACGACCACUGGACCCUCCGGGACUACGCUGCCCUGCUGCUCAGCCACAUCUUCUGGACUCAUGGUGAUCUGGUCAGUGGUCUUUACCACCAGAUCUUGCUGUCUCUUCAGAAGGUUCUGUCUGACCCGGUGAGACCACUCUGCUCUCAUUAUGGAGCCGUGGUCGGCCUUCACGCUCUGGGGUGGAAGGCUGUGGAGAGAGUUCUGUUUCCACACCUCCCUGCCUACUGGGCCAACCUGCAGGCCGUGCUGGACGACUACUCCGUGUCCAACGCCCAGGUCAAAGCAGACGGACACAAGGUCUACGGAGCCAUCCUGGUGGCAGUAGAGCGCCUCCUGAAGAUGAAAGCUCUGUCUGAGUCCCAGCCAGCAGAAGGUUCCUCCGGUGUUCCAGCAGGUUCUGUAGGAGCUCAGAGUUACAGGGUGAGCUCCCCGGGCCUCAGCCCCCCCCCGGAGAGCCUGACGGAGCCGGCCCUGGGGAUCGCCAGCCACCUGCAGGCCGGGGGGGCCGGCUGUGCGUGGAAGGAGUGGUCCCCCGUCCCCCUGCCCGUCAUGUACUGUGAGCUCUACUCCUUCUUCGGGGACAGCCUGGCCGUCCGGUUCAGCACCGGCCCGGGGUUUGAGAGCCACGCUGCCUGUGCUCCGUCACAGCUCAGGGACACCAGGAAGGAGCCUCUCGGCCCCGUCUCCAACACCGACACCACCCGGAAAAUGCCCCAACUUACAGCCAACCUCAACAUCAGCCCCAGACAGGAUGGAAGUCCUCGUACAGAUCCCCCCCCGCCCAGCCUUCCAGCCACAGGAUCAGGAUCAGGAAGGUCGUUAGCUCGCUGCUCGUCGGUGCAGCGCUCCAGGUCGUCCUCGUCCCGGCUGGGCCACCGGUCAGCAGGCCUGUCCCGGGACGUCUUCCCCAAGGCCCGCUUCACCUCCCCUCAGGCCGGGCCCCCGGCCUUCUCCUUCAUCAUCGGGGGCCGGCAGAUGGGCCGGCGCUGCCAGGGCCGCCGGCCCUUCCAGACCACGUUUGCUCUGACUUCCUCUCACUCCGCCAUCCCGUCACGCGCCUACGCCCACAAGCUGCCCGUCAUCGGGAGGGUGGGCAAACCCGUACGACGCUGGGCGUAUUCCCAUUACUCUCUCCAUCUGCCUCUUUAGAGACAAG